AGCUGUGUCAAUUUUUCAUUAUAAGCUUUUUAAUUUCAGUGUAAAAUGAAACUAGAUCUAAACCUAUUACAGAUAAUUCUGUGGGUAAAGCUCUUGAUGACUAGCGUUGUAGUCCUGGACACGCCGUCAACAGAGCCAGCUUGUCAUAAAAAUUUUUUUCUAACUGCUGAGCGAAGAUCAGGGCAGAUUGGGGACACAUUUGUAUUCUACAUUUGGUACUUAGACGAUGUAAUACAGAAUAAAACAAUGGAAAACUUCUUGGUUACCCUGCAGUAUAGAGUCGGACUUGAAACGCGAGUGCUACAUGAAUGUUUACUAACAGAAGACUCCGAAGAAUCAAAAAGACCUUUGUAUGUUGUCUCCCAAUCUGACUCUUGCAAGUAUAACAAUGUUCGCAAGUUUGCAUUCAUUUUAAGGAAUCCCGGCCAUUAUGUUAUAUUAGCUGUUAUUGUUUGGGGCGGAGUUAACAACAAACAGAGUGAGUUUGAAAAAAGUAUGGACAUGGCCAUGGUUAAUGUGGAAGUUGUGCAAGCUGAAUAUUACAUUCCAGCCACCGACUGCCUAAUUAUGGAAACAUUUACUAUCAAUGGUGAAGAAACAUCUGAAGAUACCAUCAAACAUUUUGUACAAGUGAACAACACUGACUUGAUAAUUGUUAAAUCAAAACUAAAGAACUGCACAAAUAGUCAAGGUAUCAUCCGCCAGUGGAAGAUGGAUAGACUGUUUAGUGUCACUCAGAACCAAAAGCGCUUUCCCUCUCGGUGCUAUCAAUCAAGUAAAGCUGGAAAGGUAAAUUUAAGUAUUUUGGCCAGAGACUUUACUGGGAUACAUCUAAAUUUUCCCACAAAUCUGAACAGCUUUACUAUUCAGCCAUUUCUUCUCCCUGCUGGAUACUAUAGAAUCUGUUUAGAAUUAAGUAGACAGGAGGCACAUAGAAACCUUCAACACACUUACUGUGGGUUCUUGACAGUCAACCCAUCAGUUGUUAAAGAUGCCUUUCAACUAGUAGUUACUCCUGAAGAAGAAAAUUUUAUUUGGCCUAUGGAUGACCUACAUAUUUAUGCUGGCUUGUCUAGCUAUAUAUAUGAAUCUACUGAACUUGGAUAUGCUGGCUCUAAAACAAUAAGAUUCAAGUGGCAUUGUUUUGAUAAUGAUGAAAUUUGCGGUAAAAUAGUUUCUUAUUAUAAAACAUUCUCCAGUGAAAAGAAUACAAACUACAGUCAUAGCAUACCCACAGAAGGGCUUAUAUUACUCAUAAAAAAGAGCUGGAUGGUCACAAAUACUGCUGUAAAAAUUUUACUUGAAAUAUCUGCUAUGGAUAUAUUGACUUGCAAACACUUUUUAAGAACAAUUGAAAGGCUGGUAACAUUUUCAAAUAAAAAUGAAGCUGCACAGUAUGCACCCAACAUUGGCAUUAGAUGUUUAAUAAACUGUUGGCAAUAUGUUAACCCUUAUUUGUCAAUGUUGCUAACAAUGUCCUGCUUGGAUUGUGAGCAGUUUUCUUUGGAGUUUGUUACAAUCAGCUGGGAAAUACAGAGUAACCCUAGCUCAACAUUUCAAACAAGUGGGAAUGACACCUUGUACUUACAUAUAGAAAACAUUAAAGACAGUUCUGCCAAAGAGUUUAUUAUCAAGGUUAUAUUUAUCUACAAAAACACCAAAGGUGUGGAGAUAGUGUCUUCUUCUACUCGGAAAUUUGAAGUCAUGAAUGUAUCCAUUUCAGCAUUAGCUAAUUAUACAUUUCAAUUAGAAGAUUCUACAAUGGGUGAAUCAUUUCCAGUCAAAACUUUGGUGUGGACUAAGGAACCUUUUUACAGUUCUGAACUUACAUAUCCGAUAAUUGUAUCAGUUGUAUUGUCAUACAAUGAAGAGAAAUAUGUUUUGUUGAGAACAAUCUCGUCAGGAGUUAGUUUUACACAUGAUGCUAAUGCAGAUGCAAAGUUGGAUUUUGUUCUGUCAUUACCUACUGGAACAGCUAUUAUACAUACAAAUGCUUCAUUUAUCAUUAAGAGAAAAUCAAUAAAGCACGGAAAUCUGGACGACAUACAAUCAGAAUUGAAAAACAGAACUAGAGGGUUGUUUGAGUCCACACAAUUUGAUUUCUUAAGUGGAUUACUGGAAGAAGGGUUUGGAUCAAAUUAUACAGCUUUUACUAAAUUGGCAAUGAAUCUAUUUGAAGGCAUGCUGGUGAAUGUCAAUGCUGGAAGCUUGUCCCUGAUAUUGAAGGUGGUUAGAAAAAUAUUGACUUCAUUGCAGAAUUACAAUGGUAGUUUGGUAGCCCUUUCUGACAGUCCUGAUUGUUUUCGGUGUGUGCUUACUAAAGACAUCAAUAAUCCAUCAAUAUGGGUUGAUCUUCUGAACACUGGACAUAAUAAAGAAUUACAUCUGUUUCAGAUGCAGCCCAUUUUGAUAGUUGAAAAGGUUCUGGCCUAUUCUCCAAGAGAAAUGGAUAAUUUUAUGGAUGAUUUAAUUUUACGACAAAUAGCUGAUAUUCUGACACCAUUACAAGAAAGCUUACAGUAUACAAUGAUGUCUGAAAAUCAAGAAGCUAAACUUCAGGCAGAAGGUGUACAGCAAAAGGUUCUUGAAGUUAUUAAUACCAUGAUGUCAUUUCUUGUUGUGAGAGUUGUGGAGAGAUAUCCCCAUAUCAAGACUCUGAUUUAUACAGACAGCAUUUUAUUAGCAACAUGGCUGGACUCUAAGCUGUAUGAAUCUAUCAGCAUUGAAAUGAACUAUUCAUCUAUUAGACUAGAUUUGAAAAGGCUCAGAGAGGCCUUCAAUCCAUUCUCUUUUGAUCCAUAUCUAAACAUUGGGGCCUAUGAAACAAGAGUUUGUAUGCUGCCUCAUUAUUAUAAUGAUCUAGUGAUAAGUACAUCAGUGGUGUUUUUACUCCUGCAACAGAAAUCUGAGACCUAUUAUCACCUUCAGGACUUUGCACAUAAAGCAAUACAUAUUGAUUUCAACUUUUUAUCAAUAGAUCUCAAUAGGACAGAAAACAAAAGUCACUUUCAUUUUGCUAUAGAAACACAAGGAAACUUGACCAAAAAUGUAGACAACAGUCAAUGCAUCUUAUUGAUGAUAAAGCCUACAUUUAAAUAUGGAACUUUGCUAACCAUGAAAUCACACACUGUGUCCUUGAAUGUAACCAGUCGAUUGUACAAAUUGUAUAGAGACUCUCUGGAUAUUUUUGAAUACUCCUCCAUGAAAUCAAUCAAGGAAGACAGUGACAUAUUCAUCAGUCAGUCAUAUUCUGAAACAGUUGUGUUCUUACACAAACUGCCUUUGUUGAAGGCAGCUGAAUAUAAAAAUGGUCACUAUUUCGUGUUGAUCCGUAUGAAUUUACCUGAAAUCCCUUAUGCUACGCAAGAAACACCAUCAAAUCUAUCUCAUGGCAAGCAUCCUUUACUGCAGGCUCAGGAAGAGGGACUGAGCAUUGAAUGCUUAAGGUUGACAUGUGUGAGGUGGUUAGCAGCAGAGCAAAGGUGGAUCUCUCGAGAUUGUCAUCCAAAAUACAAAACCAGCAAUAAAUCAGAUAUCGGUUGUGUCUGUGAUGAGGGACGUGUGUUUUCAGGAAGCACAUCAGCAUGCUUGGAAGACAUAUCAAUAAACUGGGAUAACUACAAGAUUGCUGCCCUGGAUAAAGAUAGCAUAUUGAACUUAGAAAUUCCCUUCGUUAUAUUCUUGCUCUGGAUGGUUUUUGUAGUCAUUUUAGUCAGAUCCAUUCGUCUGAGAAAACAAGAUAAACUGUAUGGUAAGAGUCAUGUUAUUUCCAGUCUGUUCAGCCCCUACCAGAGUGAACAGUUCCUUGUGUGUUUUGUCACUGGCUGGAUAGCAGGUGCUGGUACCGAAGACGUAGUUUCUAUGGUGCUUGUGGGAUCCAACGCAACUAGUUCUGUUUAUAGACUGAAUGAUAUCUGCCAUCUCUUUAAGACAGGAUCAGAAGUUUGUUUUUUUCUGAGUUGCAGUAAAGACCUGGGCAGAUUGAAAAAUAUCAUACUGAUUCUGGAACGUCAAAAGAAUGUUGACACUUGGUUUGUGCAACACAUUUACCUGAAGAAUCUCAAGACAGAAGACUGUUGGUUCUGCAGAGUUGAUUCGUGGAUACCAGACACUGCAACAGGAAAUAACUAUGUGAUCAAACCAGUGCACCUCUUUUCAGAAUUGCCGCACAAGCUUUUUGUGUUUAGUCUUUCUCGUUUGCUGCGAAGCUAUCAUGUAUGUAUUGGCUCUAUCUACAAUAUCCAGGGAAGUCGUUUUACCAAGGAGCUGCAUGCCCUGACUUGCUUUUGCUGUAUUAUAAUAAUAAUGAAAGUUUGUGCCUGGAAGAUAGGUCUCCUGAAUGCUACCUUAAAAGGGGAUAUGAAACAGCAGUCCAAACUCUACUUCACAGAUGACCUUGUUGUCUCAGUUUUUAUUUCUGUUUUUCCAACGACUUUUUUGAUCAUCUUACUAGCUGUCCUGACAGAUAGACCGCUCAAAUAUCAAGUGUUGAGAUGGAAGAUGGUUCCUAAAAGACAACAAAAAAUGGAUCCUAAAAGACAACAAAAAAUGGACACAUCAGAAAUUCCAGAGCACACCACCAAGUUAUCUUCUGCUGCAUCUCAGGAUACAUUUCAGAGCUCUUUAAAACCUACACCAAUCCUCUACAACGAUCUUAUAAAUUACUUUCAUCAACUCGUUGGCCCACAGCUAGUCACCAACUAUUACACAGAUCUUGAUAACCCAACUGUGAGGCAGACUGAUGAGCCAAACAAGAGAGACAUGAAUAUGUCCAAUUCUGAAUUAAUUGCAGCUUCAAACUCAGCCAAAUACACAUCCAACAAUAGGUCCAGCUCUUUAUUAGAAGAUAGCUCUAUCAAUGAAAAUAAAGAAGUGAUUUACAGACCUUUUUCUCAAUACAAGAAAAAUAAUCUGCACGAAAAUUUGAAAAAAACAGACAGCUUUAUUGUCUUGCUAAAGAAUAAUACACAUCAUAGUUCUGGUGUCUUUACAAUUAUCAACAAACAAUGGUUAUACAAUGAUCAGCAGCUCAGAUGGACAUCGCCACUAAUAAAUGAAAUUCUACUCAGUGUUAUCAAACUUGCAAUGGUGCUGUUCAUUGUUGUGGAGUCCUAUGUCUUCUGCCUCGUUGGGGUUGGUGCCUCAGAUCAGACUUACUUUAUACAGUUGGUCCUGGCCACAUUUCUAAUAAUAAACGGUAUUAUCCAUCCAUUUCUACUAAUCAUAUUGGCAUUACUGUUGGACAGGGCAAUUAUUACUUCAGGAGUGACCAGAAAUAGAAUAGAAGCCUUAUCACCUGAGAUGUUUAUUGCCAUAAAACUAACUGUGCUAGACAUGGUUCAAACCAACAGACUUGUGGGAAGUGAAACACUUCAUGUAUCCAAGCAGCGAAAGCAGAUUUAUAGAAGGAUUGGUCAAAAAGAGUCUGAAGAACGACACUCACAAACUAAGAUGAAGCUGGAAAAGAUUACGAUAAAAAAACAUUGGAAUGUUAUUUUCAUUGUUCUUAUCUUCAUAAUUAUUAAUGCCAUUAAUGGCUCAGUCACUCAACGUUAUUUGCAGAACACAUACUUCAAGAAACUGCUGAAAAUAGAUGAUGUUGAUUUCUCCUUCAAUAUGAUACCCUCAGUUGAGCAUGUCUGGCUUCAGUUGCAAAAAAGUUUUCAUAAAGAUCUUCACCAGGCAUUGUUUGAUAAGAAUUCUUUAACUACAUUCAGAGUGGUCAACAAUGUCAAGCUGACACAGAGGCGUGUAAAGAAAUAUAAAGGUAAUUGUACUAAGGACUUUCCGUCGCUGAUUGAGCCAAGCUGUAAUUUUGAUAUUGAGCAGUUAGAAAUAGAGUCCCAAAAUUUUGCUCUGUCAUGGAAUAAAGCAACAGACAAGAAUGUAGUGAGUCCUUAUACACCACAAACUGGCAAGUAUAUCACCACAACAUUUCACAGUUACCCUGGCGUGGAUUACUCAACACUAUACUCAUUGUUGAACUACAAAACUGAAACCAUCGACUACCUAAAGGACAAAUAUUGGAUUGAUGAGAGGACAAGGCUUGUGUUGAUUGAACUGAGUGUUUUCAAUGCUGACACCUCAUUGAUUACAACAAUCAUCCAUGCCUUUGAGUUUACUGCAGCUGGGAUAUUUCAAAGUUCUAUCAUGAUGUCUACUUAUCAGCUGCUCUUUGAGAAGGGAACUCUGGCCAUGCAAGCAUUUAUACUGUUGUUCCUGGCUCUAUGUAUUUUUUUUGCCUACCAUGACCUGGUAGAGGUGUAUAGCUUGGGAAUAAUUGAGUACCUCCAACGUCCUACAUCCUGGCUGAACAUUAUAGACCAUGCAGCAUGCUUUAUCAUUAUUAUUUUGUUUCAACAAGAAUAUGUUGCAAGGAAGAAUGCGAUAGACAAGGUUGUGGACAUUGUCUUCCAAGACUAUAACUUUGAAGUCUUUAUUGAUUUUAAUGUUAUUAAUAGAUUAUCUUAUGAUAUAACUGUCUUCUGCUGUAUCGUAGCACUCACAAGUUUCAUUAAAAUUAUUCUGGCCACAAGACAUUUUCAAUUGUUUGCACAGUUCUUGGAGCUUCUGCCCAGCGUCAUGCAUGUCACCUACUUCCCCUUGCUGACUAUCCUGACCUUUGCAUUUCUUACCCACUUCCUGUUCGGCCAGUUACAAAAGUUCUCCACAUUCUCCCAAUCGGUUUUAUCUGUGAUGGAGCUUAUUGUUGACCAGAGGAUGAUAUCCCCUGUGUUUGAUCACUACUGGUUCUGGGGGCCCAUCUUCUUGACCCUGACCCUGAUGUUUCUCCAUUACAUUGUCAUCAACUACUACAUCUGUUUCCUAAGUGACAGGUCCUCCCAAAUCUAUGCACUCAAUCGCUACCGGAGCAGGGAGAAGCAGCAAUUUAUACCAUGGAUUUGGGUGUUCAUUUGGAAUGGGCUCAUGCAGAGGAGUAGAGAUGCUGCGGAGAAUGCCUCAAAGAAGUCUUCAGCCAAAUAUGUUCAUCUUGACAAGUUGCAUAGCAAGGGCAAGCUAAAUGUUGUCAAUUAUGAUGAACAAGUUGUAUUUUUGAAUGAAUUGAAAUAAUUUGUUUACAUUUCUCUCCCCUCUCUCUCUAUGUCUAUAAACAACACAGGGGUGGGAGGGCUGGGUGAUAGGAUGAACAUCCAAUCGUCUACCUGUCCUCAGGAUGGUUAAGUUUGAUAAUGUAUUGAUAACUCUAUGCCUGCUCUAUAUCUUUUUAAGAAAUAUAGGCCUUGUGUUACUUUUUAAUCACUUAGUGUUUAGGCCCUAAAAUGAUGAAGCCUAAUAGUUGGCUAUGAUAAUUAUGUUUGAGAAUGUGUUAGAUUAAAUUAGUAUUACACUGUUGAAUCUGUACAAGAUUUGUUUGAAACAUGACGCUCAGUGGGUCACUUUUAUAAGAGAAUACUAUAAAGCUUUAACAGUUUCAUAUGUACAAUAGUGACAUUCAUGAGGCCAUUAAGUUGGCCCUACUGGCCCCUUUGGGUAAAGGCCCACAUUUAAGUGGGCUCCUGAUAAAACAUGAUGCAGUUUUAUUUGAAGUUUAGAGCUCUCCAUAAUGUAAAUACAUUUGUAGUUUUCAUGUUAUUUUGUUUAUUUCUUUAUAUUUAUAUACUUUAUCUGACAUCAAAUGCUUAUUAUUGUAGAUGGUGCAAAACAAAUAUCUAAGCUUUUUAUCAGACCAAAGUGUAUUACUUGAUAGAUUAAAUAGCCUGUGUUUACACAAAAAAUGCAAUUGUAUUGUUUUAAAAAAUCUGGAGAUUUUGAGUUUCUUUAUUGGACAAUCAAUAUUUGUUUACUCCUUGA